AUGAGUGCUGAGUCGCCGGGGCCGACCAUGUCUCGCGCGGGCUGGACCCUGCGCACGCUGCUGCUGGCGCGCGGCGCGGGCGUGCUGCGAGACCACAAGGCGGGCGGCGGGCGAGUGGCCCGGCGCGCCGCCCUCGGCUCCGACCUGGUCGACUGGCUGCUCGGCCUCUCGCCGCAGGUGCACUCGCGCGCCCAGGCCGUCGGCAUGUGGCAGGCGCUGCUCGAGGAGGGCGUCGUCGCGCACGUGAGCUGCGAACAGCCGUUCAAAGACAAGAACCUGCUGUACCAGUUCUGGCAGGACAUGGAGGGCGCCAUGGCGAUGCCCACAGAGGACGACGUCGCACAGGCCGAGGACCAGCUCAGCUCCAGCCUCAACUCGCUCAUCCAGCGCGGGCCCGACGCCACCAUGCGCAUGAUCCUGCGCAAGCCGAGUCACGAGCGCACACCUGAGGACCUGGAGAUAAUCUACGAGGAGCUGCUGCACAUAAAGGCGCUGUCGCACUUGUCCAACUCGGUGAAGCGGGAGCUGGCCUCCGUCAUCGUGUUCGAGGCACACCCCAGGGCCGGGACUGUGCUAUUCAACCAGGGCGAUGAAGGACGGUCUUGGUAUAUCAUACUCAGGGGUUCAGUGGACGUCGUCAUACACGGGAAAGGAACUGUGACGACGCUGCAAGAGGGUGAUGACUUCGGAAAGCUUGCACUCAUAAAUGAUGCUCCAAGGGCAGCGACAAUCGUGUUACGAGAAAACAACUGCCAUUUUCUGCGCGUCGAUAAGCACGAUUUUGACCGCAUUCUCCGAGGCGUGGAAGCAAAUACGGUGCGACUCAAAGAGCACGGGCACGAUGUCCUCAUACUCGAGAAGAUCUCACCAGCGCGUGGCUCCGUCUCUUCGCAUUUCAAGUACACUGUGAUGGCGGGUACCCCACAGAAAAUGCUGGAGCACCUGCUCGAGACGCGUCUAGAUGGACGUGGCUGUGGAGGAACAGUAGGUGGCCGGGAUGUCGCACCUCAUCCAUCAAGUGACCCUUUCCUGGAAGACUUCCUGCUGACUCACAUUGUGUUCAUGCCUACACAUCAGCUGGUGACAGAGCUUUCCAGACAUUAUCGUAUAGAUUCUCCAAGCCAAGAUCGUGAUUUCUUAUUGGCAUGUAAGAGAAGAGUUGUGCAAUUUGUACAUAGGUGGGUGCUUACAAUCAGACACCCAGUUUUUGAUGAUCCAAGCUCUCUUGAGUUUCUUGAGGAAAUGGCAAGUGAACUGGAAGUAGACUGCAUGCAAUGGAAUUCCUUACAGGAAGAAGCCAGUCUCAUGCACCAUGUUAUGUCUCAGUUGAGACGUUACCAAGAUGAACGUUCUCUCAAUGCAGGACAGAAAUGGAAACUGCCACCAUGUGGUCAACCAAUCAGCCUGUUCACCGGAACCAGUGAAGGAAGAACUGUUAUCAGACCUGAUGAUGAUAUUAUCUUCAGAGUAUACUGUGCAGAUCACACAUAUUGUACUCUGAGGUUUCCUGUAUGUACUACAGCUGAAACCAUAAAAUUAUGUGCUGCAGACAAGUUAAAAAUCAGGCAUGAUGACCUUGUUCUUGUUGAAGUGAAGUCAUCUGGGGAGAGAGUUAUUUUUCGUGAUAAUGACAUCAGUAUACCAACAGGCUUAAGCCUCAAUGGGAGAAUUUUUGUUUCACCUAAGGAUCACAUCGAUGCUUUGACAUGCUUAGCAGAACAGGAAAGUCAUACAGAGGGAAUGGAUGUAGACUUGGAACUGUUCAGUACAAAAGAACUUGCCUAUCAUAUGACACUCUUUGACUGGGAUCUAUUUUGGUGUGUCCAUGAGUAUGAACUGAUAUAUCACACCUUUGGCCGACAUCAUUUUGGCCAAAUAACUGCAAAUUUAGAUGUCUUCUUGCGCCGUUUCAACGAAAUUCAGUUUUGGGUUGUGACGGAACUGUGUCUCACCCAGUCUCUUGGCAAGAGGGUGCAAAUUCUCAGAAAAUUCAUAAAACUUGCUGCCUACUGCAAGGAGUAUCAAAACAUCAAUGCAUUUUUUGCUAUAGUUAUGGGUCUCAGUAACGUAGCAGUUAGCAGGCUGUCUCUAACGUGGGAAAAACUCCCUUCAAAGUUUCGUAAACUGUACACUGAAUUUGAAGGUUUGAUAGAUCCAAGCAGAAACCACAGGACAUACAGGAUAGCUGUGGGAAAAAUGCAGCCUCCAAUGAUUCCCUUCAUGCCACUUCUUUUAAAAGACAUGACAUUCACUCAUGAAGGGAACAAAACCUGUCUGGAUGGCUUGGUGAAUUUUGAGAAGAUGCAUAUGCUGGCACAAACAAUGCGAACAAUUAGAUAUUGUCGUAGCAGACGUAUAGUUCUAGAACCACCAUCUCCAAAAAGUGAAGCAGAGGUACGAUCGUACAUCAGUUGCUUGAGGACAAUAGAUAACCAGAGAGUUCUAACAAGCUUGUCUCAGAAGCUUGAACCAAGAAGAUCUUAGUAAAUUAGAAACCAAAUCUGUUGGUAUGAAACUUAUAACACCAAAGACAUUAUGGUCCUGUGGACAUGUACUUUCCAAAGAACUGAUUAAAACUAUCCUAGAGCUUUCCAGAAAAACUUCAGUGUAUCAUUUGUAAAUGUUUACAUAAAUCUAGUCACAAAUGACUGAAUUUUAUUUAUAUGCAUGUAAAUUUUGUAACAAAAGAUACACUAAUUUAUAUAACAAAAUAUCUAAUAUUAACAAUUAUUCUUUUAAUUGUAAUU